CCCGACUAUGCUUUCACUCCCCGUGCUCCUGCUCGCAGCGAUCAUCUCGGUUGUCCAUGCCUGGGAAUACCCCGAGAUAUCGCGAGAGGCCCUCCUCGGCGAUCAGUCGCGCUACUGGGCUUCCUCGCGGCACUUCGAUACCCAAGCCGAGCCCCAGGUGCGCGAAUUCAACUUCGACAUGUCUGUGGGGUACGCGCCCGUCGGCGGAAUGGUGAGGCGCACGCUUCUCGUCAACGGCAUGUCUCCCGGCCCCAUCAUCGAGGCGAAUGUCGGCGACCAGAUCGUCGUACACGUCCACAACAGCAUGCCGAACGGUACGGCCGUACACUGGCACGGCAUCCGCCAGGUCGGCACAAACUUCAUGGACGGCGCCGCGGGCUUCACGCAGUGCCCGAUCCCACCCGGGGGCGACUUCACGUAUAACUUCACCGUCUUCGACUCCGGCACAUACUGGUGGCACUCUCACGUCGAGCUGCAAUACACGGACGGAGCGUUUGGCGGGAUGAUCACGCAUGCGAAGGACGACCCACACAAGGUACCGGCGUACGACGAUGACCUUAUCCUCCUCAUUGGCGACGUCUACAACACGCCAACACCGGCGCUCAGCUGGCGUUACUUUAACACCUUGUACACCACGUCUCCCCUCGCCGACCCCCUUCCGGACGGUGGGCAGAUCAAUGGCGUCAGUCAGGCGAACUGCGCCUACAUUCCGACAAACGCACCCCCCGCGACCCCUCCGGUCUUGCCAUACUACGUGCCGCCUCCCGACCCCAACGCCCCCAUUUAUCCCACCUCCAACGAGUGCGGCGACCAUCCCACCACCUACUGGAACGUCACGGCCGAGCCCAACAAGACUUACCGCCUCCGCCUCGUCAACACCGGCACCCACACCGACCAAAUCUUCAGCAUCGACGACCACGACCUCACUGUCAUUGAGAUCGACGCCACGCCCGUCGAGCCGUACCACACCAAGCGUGUCCGCCUCACUGUCGGCCAGCGCGCCUCGGUCCUCAUCCACACCGACAAGCCAGGAGCCCAUUGGAUCCGAAGCGCGCUCGGCCUCGACCAGAUGGCUGCUGGUGGACCCAACGUGUCCAACACCACUCUCGCUGUGCUGCGCUACGGCUGUGAUGAGAACACCAUGCCGUCUCUUUCGCCCGAAGACGCCGUCCACACCACCGGUGGUCUCGUGUACGGCGAUGGCGGCCCGGGAGAGCCCGGCAACCCAGCCGAGCCCAGCUGGUCAGACAAGGCGCCUACCGUCGGCCCCUUGACCCGUUUCGUGCCCGUCGGUACACCCGCCCCGCCGCCCUCCACGCAGACAAUCUACACCGAGCUCAGCGUCGGGUACCCACCCCAGGGCCUGCGCAUCCAGACUAACAAUCGCUCGUGGACGCCGAUGGAGGGCGCCGAUCACACCGCCGCCAUCUUCAAGGUGCAGGAUGGCCAGGAGAUCGGCAACGGAAUCCACGGCACCCAGUUCAACAUGAUCAAUACUGAUCCCGGCGCUGUCAUCGACAUCAUUAUCCAAACCCCCUACGGCCCCACGCACCCCUUCCACCUCCACGGCCACAAUGUGUGGGUCAUGGCACAGGGGCAGGGCAAGUUCGAGGGCACGACCAACCAGCUGCCCACCGAAAACAUCAUGUACCGCGACGUUUUCGUCGUGCCGGGGAGCAAAAAGGGAGCCUACCUUGUUAUCCGCUUCAAGGCGGACAACCCGGGUGUGUGGCCAUUCCACUGCCACAUGCAGUGGCACAUGAUGAUGGGUUUGCUGUCGACAUUGACUUCGUUGCCGGACCAGAUGACCUGGGACAUCCCGGGGCGCGAGUUGUGCACAAGUGCACACUAGUUUGCGGUUCAGCACACUCGUUUAGGACACGGGACAGGAACUGGGAAGUGAGCAGUCGUUGCGAUCACUGGAUAGUCGAGGGGUUAGGACAAUUGGGUUGCUAGUAUCCUAAUGCAUACAUGUGUUCCAGGACGAA